AUCAGAAGGUACAUCCCCGACAGUUGCUGUCAAACACAGAUGUCUGAGAACCUGACAAAAUGUACAGGACUGGACUACCCCAAGCUGUCACCAGCAGUCGGGCCUCCCGUUGUGGACAUUAACUUCAACGACCAGAUGUUUACAGAGGGUUGCUACACGAAGUUUUUUGCUUUCCUCGCUAGUAACGCCCGGAUACUUGGUGGGGUCGGCGUAGGUGUUGCCGCGUUGAUGGUCCUAGGGAUGACGUUUGCCCUGUGUCUGUGCCGCCGGAUAAAGGAUGACUAUUAUUUUGACUGACAUUAGACAACCAUCACUUUGAACCACACGGACCGCGCACCUUGCACGCAUUGUCAGUUGUCAUGGUUACGAACGUGUCAUUAGUAACGGUUUCAUCAAACUUGAGAAUCAAGUCAUUUGUUUCAUUACAGUGUAGACAGUCGAGCAGAAUAUAUUGAAGAAUAUCAUCUCCACACAUCCAGGGCAGACCGUGACAGUUGACGAUAUAGUAAUAUAUAGACUCAUCGAAAACAGUUUUAACGAAAACAGUAUUCUACAGAAACAAAUUGAUAGAGAAUAUGGAAUUUGGGGAGUUAAUGAACGCAGUAUGUUUUGUGUGUUAUGUCUCUUUCCUGUAGUAAAAUAUAUGUACUUUAUAAAAA